UCUAGAAGAACCGUCACUGUCUACCAAACCACAGACUCUGAAGGUAAUGUUAGAGAAAUCACCUCCGAAAUUGGUUCUAGCUCAAGCACUGGUGUCAGAUUAACUGCAACCGUUUACGAAACUACUGAUUCUGAUGGUAACACCAUCACCGUCACCAGCUUCCCUGGCUCUGCUUACACUACUACCUACACUACUGAUGGUUCCACACUCACUGCUGUUGUUGAAGUUGUUACUUCCACUGACAGUGACGGUGACUUGGACGUCUAUACAACUACUUCUCCAAUUUCUAGAAGAAGAUCAACUGUUUUCUUGACAACAACCGCCGAUGCUGAUGAUAACUCUGAAAGCACAGCUGAAACUUCAGCCGAAACCUCAGACUCUUUUGGUAUUGCCAUCAAACCAGUCCAUUUCCAAAUUCCAUUUGUUUCUCUUGCUCUCAUGGUUUUCACCACCUUUGUUUUAAUGGGUCUUUAA